ACACACACCAAACAGAUGUCGGUUAUUGCGUUUGUCAUUGAACAUCUUGUGUGUUUGGUAAGAGCUGAGUAUAAACGGAUCACAGGAGAUCUUCACUUCUGUCUGCAUCACACAGACUCUCUGGACGCGAUGAGCGCACACGAGCAAGAGUCUCAGGUGCUCAGGAGCCGUAAACUGAGACACGAGAAUGUCCUGCAGGUCCAGAGUCGAUGGAACAACAUCCAUCUGAUUCUGGUGUGUUUUCUGUUGGGGGUGUCUCUCAUAACUCUGUUGGACUGCUGUCGUGCGUCGUCUGAGCCGUGGGUUCUGCUGGGUUCUGCUGAAAGCCCCAUCUGGGACUGGAGCGCUUUGUUCCUGGUGCUCCUCUACACUGUCCUGCAGGGGGCGCUCUAUUAUCUACCUGUAGGACAGGUGACAGAAGGCAAGAUGAGCUCUCAUGGAAAGCCAAUAAAAUACAAACUCAAUGGUCUCCAUGCGUUCGUGUUGACUGUGGCUCUGGUCUUGAGUCUGUGGUUCUGGGGGUUUAUACGGGCCGGUGCGGUGACCCAGAGGUUGUUUGCGCUGGUGAGUGCAGGUGUGUGUGUGUCUCUGCUGAUCAGUCUGAUCCUGUACCUGCACCCACUCACAACAUCCACCUCUACACAUGUACAGUACACCAACACAGCAAAGCCCAUGUUGAGUUUUGUUCUGGGUCACAUCAUGGACCCUUGUGUGGGCAACAUCGACGUGAAGCAGUUUGUGAUGGUCAGGAUUGGAUUCAUCGGUUGGGCCGUGAUGGAUGUGAUCUAUCUGCUGACAGCUGUGGAGAUGAAGGACCCUCUCUCUCUCUCUCUGCUGCUUGUCAUCACCUUUCAUCUCAUUUACAUCCUGGACUUCGUCAUCGAUGAGGCGACUAUACUGACAACUAAAGAGUUCACAGAGGAGCCGAUCGGGUUCAUAAUGAUUUUGGGCGAGUAUAUCUGGAUCCCGUUCUUCUCCAGUUUACCCGUUUACUUUCUUCUUCAAAAGCCCAAUAACAUCCAUCACCUGUCAGCUGUGUUCAUCUGUCUGCUGUUCGGUUUUGGGUUCCUGGUCUACUAUCUGUCCAAUGAGCAGAAAGACGGUUUUCGCAGAAAUCCAAAUGACUCCACCUUCUCCUCUCUGGAGACGAUCAGAAGUCCGUCGGGUCAGAGUCUGCUGGUGUCCGGGUGGUUCGGUUGGGUCAGACACCCAAAUUACUUGGGAGACAUUGUGAUGAUGUUUGCCUGGUGUCUUCCCUGCGGAUUCAGUAGCUUUCUGCCGUAUCUGCCAGCAUUACAGUGUUUUAAUCUACUCAGGAAACGAGCCAAUGAGAUUGAAGAAUCUUGUCUGAAGAAACACGGAGGGGCCUGGAGAGAAUACUGCAGAAGAGUGCCAUACAAGCUGAUUCCAUACGUGUACUGAAAACUUUAUGUGAAUCACACAUUCAGCAUACGCUUGUUAUGAAAGGCACUCAGUAUUUAUUACUGUACACUUAUUAAUCUACAAAUGCCGAUUUCAAAAUGUACUAGAAGAAGUAUACUUAAUACAUGUAUACUUAAUACAUGAAGUUUACUUAAAAUAUAGUUAAACUUAAACUUGCUUGUGUUUACUUGUUAAAAUGAAAUGUAAAUCGUUACACAAUUAACACAAGACUGAUGCACAAGCUUGAAUAAAAUAAUAAUGUGAUCAUAUAAACACGG